AGUCUGACCUGUUUGACAUAUAGCUAGUAUUCAUCAAUCAUCAGAAUCAGGUCAGGAACAAUAGUACUGCUACUGUAAGGCCUUAUGAUAUGCUGCAGUGACUUACCUGAGUGAUCCUGUCAUAAUCUUCACCCGGAAACAGACGAUAUCAGACCCAGACGUGUCCAGGAGUUUUUAAGUUGAGGGGAAACGUUUGUUGGCGAUGAUGGCGACGACCCACGUGCUGACUGGAAAGUACCGCACCACAGGCAUGGCCCCUCUGGACCUGUCCUCUUGUAGUAAAGGCGACAUCCUCAAGUAUUUUGAAGCCAGCUAUGAUUUGAAUGAAAGCCUGUUCGUCGGUCUGAAAGACGAGGAGGCUUUCUACAAGUGUCCAGACCGGCUGCGGCUGCCUCUAAUCUUCUACUACGCCCACACGGCCACCGUGUACGUGAACAAACUGAUGCUGGCAGGGCUGAUGACACAGAGGGUCAACCUGCACUUCGAGACCAUGUUCGAGCUCGGGGUAGAUGAGAUGUCCUGGGACGACACGGAGAACUACCGCAUGGGUGGCAGUUUCCAGUGGCCCCCAUUGGCAGAGGCUGUGGAGUUUCGCCGCCUGGUCCGCAACCGUGUCCGUCAGCUGAUCGAGGACACGCCCCUCCAGCUGCCAAUCACACAGGACAGCCCGUGGUGGGCUGUGAUGAUGGGAGUGGAGCAUGAGAAGAUUCACAUUGAGACGUCCUCUGUGCUCAUCAGGCAGAUGCCCAUCACCAUGGUAACCACCCCGCCCAAGUGGAAGUACGCUCCAGCUAGCACAGACACUACAAUUCAGGAGAACCCCCUCAUUCAAAUGGAGGGGGGUGAGGUGACUAUAGGAAAACCAAGGGAUUUUCCCUCUUAUGGUUGGUGUAUGGAGUAUGGACAGAGAACUUUCAAGGUCCCAACAUUUGAGGCCUCCAAGUUCAAGGUGACCAACCGUGAGAUCCUGCAGUUUGUGAAGGCAGGAGGGUACGAGAACUCAUCCUAUUGGACAAAGGAAGGCUGGACCUGGCAAAGUUUUCGUCAGCUGCGACAUCCAGUCUUCUGGGUUUGCACCAAAGGAUGCAAGUCUGGCUGUGGGGCUGCCCUUUCUUCCCAUUCCCACUGCCUGCCCGAGUACUUCACCACUACCUACAGUGACAAAGAAAUCAGGCAGAACAGCAAUGGUCCUCAACAUGGGGACCUGAAUGGGACAAGAAACGGACCACAAAAUGGAGAUGGAUGUCUACCAGAUUUCAGACUGCGUGUGAUGUUUGAUGUGAUAGAGAUGCCCUGGGACUGGCCGGCGGUGGUGAACUACCACGAAGCUCGCGCCUUCUGCGCCUGGAAAGGUUCGGAGUUCCGCAUGCUGACGGAGGCAGAGUUCAACAUGAUCCAGGGCGGGGCACUGGGCGCCCCCAGCAAGGGUGUGACCUCUGACCCUGUGUUCCACAAGGAUCCACAGGCCAACUUUAGGCUGACCUUUGGGUCAUCAUCGCCCGUCGACCUCUACCCAGCAAACGACCUUGGAUUCCAUGACGUGUACGGGAAUGUGUGGGAGUGGGUGGAGGACCACUUUAACGGCCUGCCUGGAUACAAGCAGCACCACCUGUAUGACGACUACGCUUUUCCCUUCAUGGAUGGACGCCACGGGCUCAUGUUGGGUGGUUCCUGGGCCUCUGAUGGUACUUACAACUCCCGCUUCUCUCGCUCGUACUUCCGUCGCCACUUCUACCAACACGCUGGUUUCCGCGUGGCGCGAACCCUGCCCGGCGCCGGGAAGUCCCCAGUUGUCAUGGUGAACACGGAUGUAUACAUUUUAGGAGCGGGGGUGGAAGAGAAACAACUGACUGUACCAGAAACAGUUGGUCUGGAGGUUGUCCCAAUGGCGAGCACCAACAAACAGUUCCACCAGGAAACAGAAGAACAACUGGCGGCCAUGUUGGCCCUGCAGUAUGGGAACAGUGGCCAGAACUACUCCAAGGACCUGGCAGACUUCUGUGUGGAGAAGGCGAACCUUUACGGCUGUCCGCUCCAGAACGUCGUGCAGUUGGGAUGUGGGACUGGAGGAGUGGUGUACCAGCUGGCCAGAACUUACAAGGAGGUGAUUGGCCUUGACUACUGCGCUCGAUUCCUGGAUGCAGCCAUCACGCUGCAGAAGAACAGGGAGUUCCACUUGCCGAGGGCAGUCACAAAGACGGAAAAGUCAAUGACAAAAGAUGUCAUCACUGUCAGCAUUCCAGCAGACAUGCAGAGGAACAGGCUGACCUUCAAACAGAUGACCUGGGUGCCCAAUGAGAUCCCCAAAGCCAACCUGGUCCUACUGGACUUCCUGGACAGGGUCAACAACCCAAAAGCCUGGUGGCUGCGGCUGUGGGAGAUUGUCACAGACAACGGAAUCGUUGUGGUGAUCUCACAGAAGGUCGGGAAGGACGAACUGGCAGCUGACUUGAACAAGAAGAUGGAUCUGCUUGACGAACAGGAGUUCCAAUUCAACAAUGGGCAGGGCCAGACGGAGAUUACUAUGGCAACCAUCUGGAAGCUUCGGGUGUAGCUAUGGCAACAGAUGCUUGCAGGAAGUUAACUAUUGUAUAUUUAGGGAGAAAGUACCUUGUUGUUAGGGACUAUGAUGUAUAUGAUGAUUUGAGUCAAUUGAAAGAAUGGUAAGACGGCCAGGUCUGUAACAAUACUAGGGCUAAACCUCAGGUAUUAUAGCAGUAAGAAGAGUUAGGGAAAAGGUAGAGUUUAUUUACCUUUAAGAAGAAGAACAUAUUCUUUCUACAUUUAUAUCAAUCUUCUUUUCCUUUUGAUUGUGACAUGACAUGACACCAUGUUGCACAGAACACUACACAACGCCCAUGUCUAAUGUAUUGAGUGAAGAGUGCAUUUUCAUUAUCUGUUUCUCUACUUGUUGUCUUUUCAUAUUCCCACAUCAGACACUGAGACGCCAGUUAUUAGAUGACUUGGCAAAUUGUUAAUAGCUGUAUGCGUUGUGUUACAACUUACAUGUCUUGGUAUUAUUGAUAUAGCAGUGAAAAGAGUUAGGAAAAAGGUAGUUUUAUUUACCUUGUGUUACAACUUACAGAUGUACAUAUAAACUUAAUGUACCAAAUGGCCUUUUUGGAAUGUAAGUGAAAGAUCUCAUUGGUUGAAUCACUAAUUGGUAUUCUCUCAUUGGUUGAACUGCUAAUUGUGAUGGACAGUCAGCACCAAUCUGACAAGACUGCAAUAUAUGUCAAUUGCAUAUUCAUCUUU